AUGCGUUUCUCCACCGCUUUUAUUUCAACUCUGGUGCUCUCCAGCACCGCGCUGGCCGGUCCCGCCGCCCAGGUAUCCUCAUCUGUGGGAGCUGGUGCGACCACAGAGGCAGAGGCGAACAAAAAGGACGUUGCGCAACCCCAUGCAAACAGCGAGAGUGCACCAGAUACCACUCUUAUUGUGCAAACAGCAGAGAGCAUUGUCAACACUGCUGCGCAGCAAAAUACUCAGACUGCAACUCACGCAGCAGCAGCAGCAGCAGCAGUAUCGACUGCUGAAUCAAGCAGCAACGACAAGGAGAACGCUGUUGCAGACACAGCCAACGAGGCGCAGAAGGACACCCAGAGUGUUACGACUUCUGCCAACGCUGAGACUUCGGCCAAGCCGGACACGUCGGGCCUGAACAACAUCCUGCCAACAGAGAACUCUAUUCCAGGAAGUUCCGCCUCAGAGACUGUUACAUCUCAUGCCUCCCAAAAGACCAAAACAGGCUCUAGUGCUCAAGACACAGCUACCACGACCCAGACUACAAAGUCUGCAGAAAGCACACAGAACUCCUUCACAGGGGGCGGUAGCACAACGACCCACUCCUCGGAUAUUGGGAAGUUCUUUGAUGGAAUCGGGGGCCUGUUUUCCCCUACUCUGCUGGCGGAUAUCGAGUCCUUCUUCCACCAUGUCGGCUAUCUCCUUGAUGACGACACCACACAGAAUACCAAGGAUCUGAUUAAUACAGCCUCUGGUCUGCUCACCAAGAGCCUGAUCACAAAGGUCACUGGACUGCUUGACAACGCCAGCGACCUCUUGACUGCCGAGUUCGUCAAGGAGACCAAGGGUUUGAUCAAAGCCGUUGGUCCUGUGAUCACUCCUGAAUUGUUCAAGGAGAUCAAUAGCCUGCUUGGCAACGCAAAUCAUCUCCUGACCGCCGAAUUCGUGAAGGAAACCAAGGAGCUAAUUAACACCGUGUCCCCUGUUCUUACGCCCGACCUGUUCAAGGAAAUCAGUAGCCUUCUGGGUAACGCCAACAACCUUUUGACUCCUUCGUCUGUGAAGGGGAUCAACAACCUGCUCACUAACGCCGGUGGUCUGCUGACUGCUGACUUUGUCAAAGAGACCAAGAGCCUGAUCAGCGCUGUUGGUCCUAAUAUCACACCUGAGCUGUUCAAGGAGAUUAACAGUGUUCUUGGCAACGCUAACAAGCUCCUAACCCCCUCAACUAUCAAGGAGAUUAGCGGCUUGUUGGGUAAUGCCAACACCCUCCUGACGCCUGCAACAAUCAAGGAGAUUGGCGGCUUGUUGAACAAUGCCAACAAUCUCCUGACGCCUGCAACAACCAAGGAAAUCGGCGGCCUUCUCAACAACGCCAACAGCCUCCUGACCGCAGAUUCUGUCAAAGAGAUCGGCGGCCUCCUCAGCAGUGCCAGCAGUCUCUUAACGCCCAGCUUUGUGAACGAGACCCAGGGCCUUAUUGGCGGUGUGUCGAAGUACCUGACCCCGGAAAUUCUCGCAUCUCUCGGCCCUCUGCUCUCCAAUGCCAAUGAUCUCUUGACGGAAGACGGCGUCAAGGAGAUCAAUGGCCUACUAGGCAACGCCAACGAUCUCCUUACCCCAGAUUCGGUCAAGGAAAUCGGUGGCUUGCUUUCCAGUGCCAGCGAUCUGCUCACCCCCAAGUUCGUCCACGAGACCCAGGGCCUGAUCGAUCUGGUCGCUCCCGCUAUCACGUCCAAGCUCCUGACCAACGUCUCCUACUUGCUCGGAAAUGCUACUAGCCUGCUGAACCCAUCAUUCGUCAACGACACCCGCACUCUCAUCACUGAUGUCUCGCCUGUCAUCACCCCCAACCUCCUCGCCGAGGUGGGUGGCCUUCUCAACAAUGCCGGCGAUCUCCUCACACCCAAGUUUGUGAACGAGACUCAAACUCUGAUCGAGGAUGCCGCAGAUAUCCUUCCACUUGUCAUGAAGCUGCUCGGGUCGUUGUAA